AUGAUAAUGCACAGAGACCAAAUCAACGGAAUCGACGUUUUUAUGUUGGUUCAAGACAUUUUGUGCAGCAAAACAUGGCUUGAAGAAAAUUCUAGUAUUAACAAUACAAGAUCAGCUUUCUUGAGCUCUGGUCAGCAAUCAGUCGGACAAAUACCAGGCAGUGCUCCAAAUAUAACGCUUCUGAUUGAAGGGGGCGAUAAAAUUGGAGAAAAUAUGAUCAUUUCUGUCGCAAAUAUUUCUGAAACUCUUUCAGCUGAAUUUGUCGACUGUGACCUCCAUGCGAAAAGCAUAACUUUACCAAUCAUCAAAAACAAAACGACAACGAGCGUCGGAGAAUAUCUAAAAACGACGGUUUCGACGAGCUCUUCUUUCAAUAUGCUUCGAUUUUCUAUGGACAUCGACGAGCUCACUGCUUUUGAAGUCAAAUGUGAAGUUCUUUUGAAUGAAAAUGAAGGCUCUGUCGAAUCUUCUGGUUCCGGUGAAGGCAAGUCUAGCAGGGCAGUUCUUUCCGAAGCCAAGUGGAGGCUCCAUCUUGCGCAGCAUCUCAAACAUGUCAGUAUAUUUUAUGAAGCCAGUCGCUUUCAGGUCGUUGUCAGCCAAGACCCUGAUGAACUCGUCCAACUAAUGCGGGCCGAGUUCAACAUCAUGAAACUCAUAAGAAAGACGAAAGAAGUGAAGUAG